AUGAAAAACAAAGUCUACCUGUUGCUCGACGAGAAAUUAUUUAAACUGAAGGAGCUAUAUUUCUGCCUCAUUUGCUCAAAAAUAAAGAAUGAAUAUAAUCUGAAACAGGAAAUUGAAUACUACUUUUGCAAUGGCUGCACCCAAAUAUACACAAGAAGCGAGUCGGCAAUUUAUUCCUAUGAAUGUUUGCGCUGUUUCAAAUGUCCUUGCUGUUUUAGCUGCUUGACGAUCUCACAGAAAUGGUUGGAUAGGCCAGUUAAGAAGGUAUGCACAUUGGAGCCACUGAACAAAGGAGGAAAAGAUGGUAGCGCUUGGGGUAGUAACAAUCAAGAGACAAAUAAUGACCCAUGUGAAAAGCUUAACCAAAAUGGUGAAAACCACGUGGAGGGCGCUUCCACCGGCACAUUUUUCUCAAAUAAUGGGAAAAAAUCAAGCGAUGAGAAAAUUUUCUUCGAAGGGAAUAGCGCAUUAGGUAUGGAUGACGAAAAUGACAUACAAGGGGGAAGUAACAAAGUGAGUAGCAGGCUGUACGCCUUUUUUAAAAGAGGAAAGAAUGUGUUUUAUUUCAAGUGCCCCUACUGCUUAUGGUCCUCCAUCACCUCGGUGUAUAAUACAAAGUUGGACGAAUUAAUUGGCGACAUGAUACUAUCGGAAAGGAACUGCGUUUAUAAACGCUACUUCCAAACGGUGCUAGACGAGCUGUUAAGAAGCAAUGAACACCUGAAGGAGAAGAGAAACUUUAAAAGAACAAAUCAACAUGUCGCUUUGCAUAAGAUAGGGAAAUUAAAGUCCAUCCGCGACCUGAACAGUUACAUGGAAGCAUUCGGCACUACGAGGGAGGAUUACUCACUGGAGGGGGUAACAAGAAGAGCAGCCGCAAGUGUCGCGGCAAAGGAAGAGACAGAAAACACGCUCAUAUGUAAGUCUAAAAUAAAGGUGGACAGAAUGCGUCUGACAGAUAUCCUAAACGGGGAACAUAUUAAAAAUCGCGAAAUCUGUCGAGACAUUUUUGAGUUGGAAAAUGAACACGUGGAAUAUUUAGAUCCGAUGGAAUAUUCGCCACAGGGUGGGUUACCAGAGGUAGUGCAGCGCCGGGAAGGAAGAAGCGGCCUCAUGGGGGAUGAUCAUCCCAGUGGGGAGAGCCAAACUCUCGGCACGAGUGAAGCCCUUCCAAAGGAGCAGACCAUAGAAGAGUUAAAAAUACAGGCGAAUGGUACCCUCAUGAUUCACACAAAGAAUGACCUACCAAUUGGACACAUACAGGAUUACCCGUACAAUUAUUAUAAAGGCAUGAGCGCAUUGCAACCCCUGAGAAUGAAACUAAUAAACAUGAAAUCGAAGCGGUGCAGUACGUGUAAGCACUAUAUAUUGAAGCUUCAUAGUUCGAAUGUAGCUUCAUCCUUUCGACUGGAUAAUAAUGCAAUGAAAUUUAUCCCCAAAAUAUAUAUUAAUGACUUCAGAUUGGUGAAGAGAAAGAAUGGAAUUCUAAAUUUCGUUUUAGUGAAUCCACUCGACUCAGAAAUGAACAUAAAAGUAGUCCCCGAGAUCGAAAAUAAUUUUGUAAAAAAUCUGAAUGGGAGUAAAAUACCGAUGAAUUGCAAAUGCAGAGCUGCUUCCUUUGAGUUUACGAUGGACACAUAUGACGAAAUUAUAGAUGAACUGCUAAAUGAAGAAAAAAAUGACAUCAAAGAUGUUUUCACGCGUGAAUACAUUAUUGUAAAGAAGCAGAAUAACAUGGCCUUAAUAAUUAUGAGCUUUUUUUACACAGACGAGGGGGAACCUGUCCGUGACGAAUUUUAUUCAGAAAAAGACAAGCCAGGGGAUAACCCUCAGCAGGGGAAUCAAGAUAUCGAUUUAUCCGCUGAUCAGGUGAGGAAACUAAAUUUCCCGCUAACUUUGGAGUGUUCCUUUUCUGACAAAUCGAAGAAGCUACACAAAUUAAAGCUAAAUCUUCUCUUCACCAAUAACAUCAGUUUGCGUCCCUUUCGCCAUUAUGCAUUGCGUGACUGCGAUUAG